AUGCCCAAAAAGAGUCGCAGUGCUUCCGUGGGUACCUUGGCGGAAUUGAACACUUCUACGGAUGGUGAUGACGGUGAUGACAACAGCGUCGCUGGUUCUCUCAAUUUGAACGAUCUCGACAUUCUCUCCGAUGAUGAAGAUGAUAUUCUGGAAGAUGGCGAAGACGUCCCACCUCCUCCCAAUAGCGAAUUGGCCAAAGCACUCAUGUCGCCACCAGAACCAUCGCCUGGUGUCUUUAAACGAAAAUCCGCAUCAUCAGCAUCAUCCACAAGAAAGAGCCGAAAAUCAAAGCUAAAAGGCAGCAAAAGCAAAUCCUUGUCGGCCAUUGAUUAUCAGUUCAAGUCUCCCAAAGGAGGAGACGUUUCCGAGGACGAAUCCAUUACCGAAGAAGCCGAAUCUCCUUCCUUUUCUUCGCUCUGUUCCCCUCCUGAAACUCCAUCGAGCAAAAGUAACAAGCGACGAAGUUCCAAAAAGAGGUUCUUGGGACUCUCCACAGCCUUGAAAGAAAAUGGCGAUGCAUCCUCAGCAUUGCCCAUGGGCGGUGAAAUGGUCUCGUCCAUGCGCAAAACGAGGGCUUCCAUUAUCAAUGGUGGUGACUCGUCAAGACGCUCCAAACGAACAGUGGAUGACAGUUCCAGACGUUCCAAACGUUCCUCCUCACGCACAAAAACAGGCGGAAGCGAAGACAGUUCACGGCGCUCCAAACGAACGUCUGACAAGGAUGGUGGCAGUUCGAGACGCUCUCGCAGAUCCUCACGCACGGCCGAUUCCUCCUCUUCCACACCAGCACGCAGCAGCAGCCGGAAAAAGAAAUCCAAAAAGGCAAGCAAAAAGGACAAGCGCAAAUCUGCCGAAUCCAAUGCUUCCAACACCACCUCGGCUACGGUCGACAUGGACGAAAGUUGGGCCAGUCUGGUGGAAAAAGACAACAACACUACUACUACUACUACUGCAGCACCCAUGAUUGCCACAAAAAACCAACCGUUGCACGAAGAAUGUCAAUCGGCUGGGGUCAAUUCCAUGUUUCACAACAGCAUUAACUUUGGUAAUUUUGGUGAGAGUGGCAGAACGUCUUCCGAUUCUUCUUUAGAUCUAAGUGAAGAUGAUGAUGAUGAUGACGACGACAAUGACAAGGACAAUGAUGACAAAAAAGUCCAAGAGAAGAAAAAGGAGCUUCCCAAGUAUUUGGGUCAUGCCUCGCUCACGGAAAUUGAUUUCAGUUUGAUGAAUGACAGCAAGGACGAAGAAGACGAAGAAAAAAAAGAAGAAUUGCCCAGCAUCAAGGAAGAAGUCAUCAAACCUCCACCCUCGAGGCGCUCUCUGCAACGGACACCCUCAUCUCGACGUGGCUUGUCCUGUGGGCCAGUUCGUCAACGCUCGUCCAGAGGCAGAGACGAAGAUCGACCCAGUUCCAAACGUGGCUUUUCCGCCAGUCCAGAACGCAAGGCUCACACUGCGGCAGAGGCCAUGGAAGUGGAACGGCCCUUGCUUUCUUGCAUGAAAGGUUCACGAGGCAAAUUGUUACCAACAAAGCUCAAACAUCCCCCCCAUGUCUAUUUCAACGAGACCCUCGUUAUUACUCCCAUCAUUCCUACCUACGAAUUGGCUUCGAAACGAUCUGAUUUGUGGUUUCGACAAAAGGAUUUUGACAAGAUUUUGAAUCGAAGCAUGGCCAUUGCGUUGCGGGUAAAGGAAGGCAAGAAGACGAAAAAGUGCGUGCGAGGUUUGGAACAUUUCCUAAAGGACAAGGAGGAACGAUAUGCGGCGUGGAAUGCCGUCUUGGUGGAACAAGAAAUACAACACUUGUCUGGGAAUUUUAGUGAUGUGCGCAUUAGUGACUUGUACUUGGCGGCGUCGACGACGUGUCGGACGGAAGCCUUUGAUAGGGCAAAAGACGACAGUGACGCCGUUUUGGAGUACAUGACGGAAUAA